AUGGCCAAAGCUGAAAUCAGGGAUAAGAUAUUGGCAUUGUUAAAAACAUUACCAAAGGACAGAAUCAAACAUUAUGCGUCAUUCAAAGAAGUUCAAAUUGAAAGAUUCUCAUCAGAUAAAAUCAAUGAUAUAAGUGAAAGAGAUUUAAAAUUACAAUAUAAUUCCCUUAGAGAUUUAGUCAAUGAUAAGUAUAAGAACUAUUACAAAUUAGAUGAUAAAUUGUUAGUUCCAAAGGGAAACCCCCAAUAUUAUUCCAGACUUAUGAAUGAAUUGAAAGGUGAAAGUAAAGAAAAUAUUUUCACUGCAUUCAGAACAGUUGUAUUUGGUAAAUAA